GCCGCAUUAUGCGCAUGUUCUUCCACUAUCAGCAAAAAAAAUUAAGGGAACUUGGUGGUAUUCUUUUUGAUUGUUUCAGCCGUCUGGAAUCUGAACUAAGUUCAGGCAAUAAUAAUGAAGGAACAUUCAUGGCUUUGCACUUUCAUCACACAGAUUUCCCUCUGUUUCUGUGUUUACCUUGCAUUUAACAUGGGUGACAGAACUGAGAGUAGCAGCAGGCCUGUUGAGACGUACUUUAUGAGUGUUGCAGGAGGUUUUAGGCCUGAAAAAGAACAGACCCUUCUUCUCAAACUGAUGGCGAAGGUGGCAAAAGUGUACAAAGUACAAUUUGUAGUGAGCAUUAGUGAACUUGGAGAAAAUGAUCCUCUCGGCCUGAAUGCCACGUGGUAUUUUCAGUCUCUAAAACUUCCCUGGUACACAACAAAAUCAUUCAAAGGACAAAGACCUGGUUCCUACGUCGAGCAUACAAAAGUUCAAUAUGGGAAUACCUUGGAUAUUGUAAUUGUGAAUACAGAGUUAUUUCAGGGCCCUUCAGCUGGUGCUAUGGAGCAUCAGUUACUAUGGCUCACGAAGACACUGGAAGAAAGCACCAGUGACUGGACGCUUACCUCAGUGGCCAUGCUUGUACCAAACAUGUUCACAAACAGAGUGCAAAACAGCCUGGUAAUGCUGAUCAACCGGGCAAAGGACCUUGUCUUACUCCAAUUCGUAGGAUAUUUGAUCAAAACAAGGAAAAGGUGAAUGGUUUUCUUCUACACAGAGUCAGUUCCCUAGAACUCGUAACUUAUUCAAUAAACUUGAAGGGGGAUGUUGCACACAAGAUUGAACUUCAACAAAGUGGUAGAGAAGUCAUGUGAUGUGCUCAAAGACCUUAUAAUCAUCCCAAAGCCUUGGUGCUUGUUUUGCUCUACCUUUUUCUUCUGUAUAGAUUUUCAAUUAUUUUCAUAAUUUUAAAUACCAUGUAUUUGAUCUCUUUCUGAGUUUCUGGCUUAACAGUAACAAUCUUUGUUUUGGUUCCUGAGGUACUAUAUUAGGCCCUGCAAUUAAAGCAUACUGAGUGGUACAUUUGCUGGAGUUGUUUCUUGUACCCUUAAUGAGAGGCUUGUUAUUCUUGCU